ACAAAAUUUUGACAGCGAACAGUGGAAAAAAAAUUGGUGGGCUCUCCUUUAGAAAAGGUGAAAAAUCGUCAUCUGCGUCUCGAUUUUAAGCUUUCUCGGAAAUUACUGCCCUGGAAAAGGGAUUUAUUUCGCCAUCUGCUGAAACCACUACACUGGCAGCCGAGGUAGCUUCAACAUGGCCGGCCGAGCAAAACCCCACAUAAACAUCGAGGAAGAUGUUCGCAUUGCGAUUCACUACAUGAUCGACAAAUUCGUGCAGGACGAAAAGCUGAGCGAAUUCGACUUUCCGCCUUCGUUUUCUCGGAACCAGCGAGCGUACAUCCACGAAUACGUUAAGAACAAAUCGCUAAAGUCAAGAUCCCAUGGAAAAGGAGAUGCACGCUAUCUGACGAUCUACAAAUCGAACAUACUUUCGCUGAUCCACGAUGACGCUAGUCUCGAUAUGAGUGAGAACUCCCAGAAGUUGAUCGAGAUGCUUGUCCAGAAGCAGGGUCUGUUCCAAAAAGAGAUAGCAGAUUCCUACGCUCGACGGAAACUUUUUCCCAGCCUCGCCGCGUACAGUCUGAACCUGGGAUCGCCGAAUAAUAUCGUCAAAUGUGUCCCUCCGCCAACGGCCUCCAGUCUACAGGUGAUUCAGGAGCGCACCCGGCUACCGAUAGCACCCUACCGAGAAGCCAUAUUGAGCUGUCUCAAUCAGAAUCAGGUGAUGAUCCUGUCGGGCACCACCGGUUCCGGAAAGACCACACAAGUUCCACAGUACAUUCUGGAUGCAUGUUGCCAGCGAGGGGAACCUUGCCGAAUCAUUUGCACUCAGCCACGGCGACUGUCUGCCAUUACGGUGGCUGAUCGGGUCAGCUUCGAGCGGAACGAACCGCUUGGCCAAACGGUUGGCUAUCAGAUUCGGUUGGAGAGUCGACUGAGUCCUAUCACAAACCUGGUGUUCUGUACGAAUGGUGUGCUGCUGCGAUGUCUGAUGGGGAAAAAUGCUAACAGUAUUUUGAACGACGUGACACACAUUAUCGUGGAUGAAGUCCACGAGCGUGACCAGCACUCGGAUUUCCUGUUAAUUUCCCUCCGGGAGAAGAUUGUUCAACAUUCGAAUAUUAAAGUAAUUCUGAUGUCUGCAACCAUCGAAUCAAAUAUAUUCUCGCGCUACUUUAAUAACUGUCCAUUGAUUGAGAUUCCUGGCAGGCUGUUUCCCAUCGAGAGCUACUAUCUAGAGGACAUACUAUUCCGAAUCGAUAGCUACAAUGCAAAAAUCAACGAUGUGAAACGACAGUUCAAAACUACCCCAGAACAUGCAAGAUCGUUGGUUCAAAACCACCGGAGUGAAACGGUAAAUACCGCCAACAUGGACGACGAAACAAUUCUGUUGAUGAAUGAUAUUCUCGAGGUGUGCUGGAUCGAAAACAGUUCGGAUGAUUUCAAUCACUUCUUCUAUCUGGUCGAGGACGAAAAUAAUCCGAUAAACUUCCAACACACAGAGACCAAGAUGACGGCCCUCAUGAUUGCCGCAGCAAAGGGAUAUGCCUCGGUGGUGAAACGUUUGCUAGAUAUGGGUGCGGAUCCGUUGAUUAAGGGUAAGCAUAAUUUAACCGCCCUCGAUUGGUCGGUUAGCUUGAAUGGUCCGACUCCAUGCACUCAGCUUCUGGAAAUGGCAACUUAUCCGGCAGUUCAGCAGCAACAAAACCCACAUCAACUGCUGCUCCAAGCUCAACCUUUGCCAAGGCAAUUGGCACGAGUGCUACUCGAUGUAUACCAUAGUACAGUAAGCGAUGAGAAGAUCGAUCACCGCCUGAUCUUCGACAUCAUCCUGUUUAUCGCCACAAAAUUGCCUCAGGGAGCGAUAUUGGUGUUUUUCCCGGGCUAUGACGAUAUUUUGGAGCAGUACGAAAUGUUAAAUAAUCGUUUGAGUGGAUUAACUAAUUUCCGCAUCUACAUGCUGCACAGCAACAUGCAGACCAACGAUCAGAAUGCGGUCUUCAAAUCGGUCCCACCGGAUACCAGGAAGAUUAUCCUAUCGACAAACAUUGCCGAGACGUCGAUCACGAUUGACGAUGUGGUUUAUGUGAUUGACAGUGGCAAGGUAAAGCAGAAACAUUACGAUUCGGUCACAUCAACCACAUCUUUGACGGCUACCUGGGUGUCACAGGCUUGUGCAACGCAACGAGCCGGUCGAGCAGGACGAACGCAGCCAGGCGUUUGCUUCCGACUUUACACCCGGCAGCGAUACGAGUCGAUGGACAAAUUCACACUCCCGGAAAUUUUACGAGUGCCGUUGACGGAAAUAUGCCUGCAGACGUCAAUAAUAGCUAGCCACACCUCUAUCAUGGAAUUCUUGAGCAAAGCCAUCCAGCCGCCAUCGACGAUGAGCAUUAAGCAGAGCAUAAAGUUGCUGCAGAAGCUGGGUGCCCUGGAUGACGAUGAAAAUCUCACCGAGCUGGGACUGAUUCUCGCCGAUCUGCCCGUUGACGCGAGGUUUGGCAAAAUAUUGCUCUAUGGAACCUUCCUCAAGUGUAUCGAUCCGGUGCUGACGAUUGUCAGUGCGCUCAGCGUGAAUGAUCCGUUCGUUCUACCAACCACGGCUGUCGAUAAGGAUCGGGCGGCCCGGGCGAAACGGGAUAUGUCCGAAGACUCUUACAGCGAUUGUUUGAGUUUGCUGCGGGCGUUCCAGAAGUGGAAUGAGAUCAAACCUUCGAUGAAGGAACGCCAGUUUUGCAACCGUCACUUCCUGAAUUCGGGCACAAUGGACACCAUUGCCAGCUUGCGGAGUAAAAUCCUCGGCCAUCUGCGGUCCAUUGGUCUGGUGAGGAGCUACGGAGCGGGUAGCAUUCAGGACUUGAACCAGUACUCGGACAACUGGGCGGUGGUGAAGGCGUGCCUCGUGUCCGGUCUGUAUCCGAACGUUUGUCGGGUGGACAAGGAAUACGCGACGAUAAAGACACGAAUUGACAAGAAAAUUAGUCCCCAUCCGAGCUCGGUGAUAAGAGAAAAAUCGCUGAAGAAAAAUAAGGAGAGUAUUUUGACCCUUCCCUCGGAGUGGAUCGUUUUUGAGGAGAAGACGCGGGCUGGACCACACUGCCUGAUCAAGUGCAAUACGGUCGUUUCACCGGUAACAAUUGCGAUAUUCUCUGGGCCACUGUUUCUGGAAGAGGAAGAAUCGUUAAUUCCUUGGAAGGAACUGGACAAAACGAAUUCGGCAAAUAAAGAGCAUGACAUGUCCGACAAAAGUAAACUCGUUCUCGAUGAUUGGAUUAAUUUUGCUGUGGAGAGUGAUUUUGGCACAACGAUGAUCCACUUCCGGCAUAAGCUGAGUGCGCUCUUCUUGAAGUUUGUCAGCAAUCCAAGAGCAUAUCAGCCAAGCGCGAAUGACCAGUACCUGUUGAAUACCGUAGCCAAGUUGCUAGAAGAGGAAGAUCGCCACCACGGAUUUGCCGGUCACACCAACAUUGGUCAGAGACCACGACCUGUGAUACAGAACCACCUGAACCUGAGCCUGAAUAGUGGAGCGACAAAUUCGUGUAACUACUCAUCCAACGACUUCAAGUUAACGUCAAGUCAUAAUAACAACAACAACAACAACAACAACAACAACAAUAGCAACACUAACAACAAGCAGAAUAACCGAAACCACAAUAAUCAUGGUGGCAAUGGCAAACAGCACAACAACAAAAAGAACGAAAACAAACAAAAGUUCUUCAUUGUGCACGCUGCAUCCGAGGAACAGGUUCAGCAAGCUGCAGAUAAUCCGGAUGGUUGGAGUUUCACGGAAUCGCUGCAGCCCAAGCUUACCAAGUUGUUAAAGAAACCAUCCAACCUCAGCAUUAUCCUGUUUUUCCACAUAUCAGAGAGUAAAUGCUUCUUCGGGGCAGCCCGUCUAACACUGGUAGCUAAUAGUACCCAUUUGAAUCUGUUCUCCCGAAGUACCGUCACCUUUGACACGUUAAGUAAUUUCGAGAAAAGUUUCAUGCGGGGCAGAGUUCUCGAUCAGUAUCUUGACGGCGAAGAGUUGUCCCCCUCAUCCGGGAACGAGUUGUUAAGUUUUUUCAAGUAAAUCUUGAAUCUGAGGAAAAGUUGCAAUGAUAUUCGUAUUUGACACAAACCUUCUUUUACACACACAUAUACACUUUCACACAAACACAGGACACAUACACAAUUUUACAACAGAAAAUAUGAACAUUCUCAUACAAAGUGAAGGGAAAAAGGAAAAACAAAAAAAAUAUAGCGGCACUCUAGUUUGAGUUAUUGUAUCUCGUCAUAGAUGACCGAAAAAAUGAAAACUGGUUUACAUUCGAUUCAAUAGAAUAAAUAGAAACCACGUAGCCAUUCAAGACACGAUACUGCAAUUCUAAACUAAACAAAAAAAAACUAACUUUGAUAUAAAUAUAUAUAAAAAACAAAAGCAGCGAAUGUACUAUUUAAUUUAAAUUAAAUUAUAUAAAAAAAGAAAUCUUUUAAGGUUAUCAAUGUGAAGGAAUAAUAAGUUAAAC